UUGACAGACUGUAUCUCCCUCUGCCACGGGGCCCAGGGCGCUGCGAUUUCACACUCCAGCGGCCCCAGCACUGCUACGCCAUGCAAGAGCUGGGCUCUCACUCCCACUCUGCCAUGUCCUCAUCAGGAAAAGCUGCCGUUGCCCCCUCCUGCCUCUCCUUCGAGUGCUUUGACACCCUGACCAAGUCGUGCAUCAAGUGCUCCGAGCUGUUCAAGGACAACACAACAGAGCCUACCCUGGCACCCACGCUGACCAGCACCUUCCUGAUCUUUGGGGUCCUGGUGGUGGUGGGGCUCAUCCUGGUUCUGGCUGCACUCUGUGGCUUCCUGGCCUGCAAGGUGGGAAAGUGGAGAAGAAAGAGGAAGGCGGCAGAUGAAGAGGACAAAGAAAAAGUGAGCAUUGCCAGUCGCCUGCCUGGCCAGGACCCUGCCAUACCAGAGGGAGAUGGUGCCCUGAAGCCAGCCCCAUGCCUGCAUCUUGAUGGGAGCCUGAAGAUGCCGGGGCCACCCAGGAAAGCCAGGGCAAAGCAGAGGCCAUGCUGCCAGGGCAAUGCUGAUGGUGACAUUGUUCUGCUCUCCACCAUGUACCCCCGGCCUGAGGAACGCAACCACAACUUCCCAUUGCCCGCCACUGAGCUGGGGGCCACAGCGCUGGUCACCACCAAAACCACCCAGAAUUGCCCCAGAGAGGAGAGAGUCUGAGGGUAAGGGGAAUGGGCUGGAGUGCCCUGGCCAAUCCCUGUGGACACGGACAGCCUGCUCCUGGGACUAGUGAAGCCUUCCACGGGUAUGAGCUCUCUGAGAACCAGCUUUUGCCUUUAGCAAGACCAGCCUUUUAAGAUGACUGUCAUUUUUGUGCUGAGUCCCAAGCUACACCUGUAAAUGCUGGAGGAAGCCAAAGUGGAUCAUGCUGAGUUACAACGAGCUGUUGACAGCUGCCAUGGCUGAACCAUUGGGAGGAGGCAGAGGAGACGCAGCUGGUGAGGAUGGAGUGUGGCAGGGACUGCUGUGCCAUUUGCAGCGACAGGUCUACUGCUGGAUGGGCAAUUCCUGGGAACAUGGGGCUGGAACAGCAGAAACUACAGGAGAAAAGGAAGCAGGGAUUUACUUUAGGACCAAAUCCCACACAGCAGUAGCUCGAUUUUUGCUACUGACCUCAAUAAAAGGAGACUUGGGGCCAUAUGGAGUAAGGCACACCCAGCAUCUACUCCAUUUACAGUCCUGCCGCCCCAUCUUCUGCACUCUGUGACACCCAGGUCUCUCUGCCCUCUGGGCUCUCUCACACAGGGGCAGGCAUCCAUCAGCACUCAUGGGAAGCCUCUCCAUAGACGGGUACAGGAAAAAAGUUUGUCUUCCCAAGCAGUGAAGAGGGGAAAAAAUCUGUCCUUGCUCUGACCUACAGUCCCUGAAGUUAGGGAGGACCAGGGGCAGGCAAUGGAGACAGCUAAUCUAGAGGAGCUCCCUGAACUUGUCAUUACAGCCCCAGACAACCGUCACUUCAGCUCACUGUCGCUGCAGAAAUACCGUGUGUCACUUGGGAUGGAUGCUUCCACGCUGCACAAAAGCAGUCAGGGAGUGAUGUGAGUGUAGGCAGGAUGACUGAAUUUAUGAGUGUCCUCAAGGCUUUGCCUGCGUGCCAGAGCUGGCCAGCGUUGCUGAUCCCAGGCACUUCCCCAUACACGGAUUUCUUCACCUGCCUGUAAGUGGCUUUACUGCACAUGAAGGGCUCUGUUUGGGAAAUGAACUCGUCAGUGUGGGAUUACUGAUUCUGAAUAAUUACAGCAACUGAUCCCCCCUGGCUGAACAGAGACUGGCUUGGGUGAGAAGCCCCUAGAGAAGGUGAUUGGUCACUUAGAAGUGCUUUGGGGGGUUAUUUACAUGAAGCACUAUCUGUGGGUCUGCUCUUCCUUAGGUGAGGUGGCUUCCUCAUCCGGGAGGCUUUGGACACUGAACAGGACUGGCCAAGCAAGGUGGGGGGGCACUGACACCAGGCAUUAAUGGGCCACCGAGUGCCAUAUGCCCAGUAGGGUCAGCUUGAGGCACUGUGUUGAGGGGAUGUCCCUCUGAUGAUGGUAAAGUGACUCCCUGCCCAAGCCUGAGUUCUCUCUGGGGCUGCAGGACAGAUGCUACUGCUGAAGGGUGACCACCUCUCUUCUCCCCUGUCUGUGGCACUAGAGGCAGACUCAUGGCAUCUGUCCCAUAAUGGCAGCCACAGGCGCUGCUACAGGUGCCAAGGCCACAAUUCCUCAUCACAAUUCCUCUCCCAGACCUUAACACACUGGCAGAGGUGAACCCUCAUCUGUCUGAGGCUCCGCAUGAUCCAGGAUGGGAUGGAUCCCCAUCUCAGCCUUGGGGCUGAGGAUGGUGGAAGAGGUAGUCCAUGCGCCCAGGGACUGUCGCCUGGGGCUCCAGACACCUGUGGCAGAAGCUGUGGAAGCUCAAGGGCUGGGGUCCCAGUUACCCACAACAGCCAUGCUGCCCUUUGCAGAUGGGGUAUUGCCACAGCAUGAAUCAGAUAUCUCCUCAUCCUCAUGCUCAUCACCCAACCUUGUGAAGUAACUUCAAACAACCUUUGUGUAUCUGGAGUGGGGAAAAGAGCCAAAGCCAGGUCGGGGGAUGUUGUGUCACUAGAAAAAGGACAGCUUGUAGAAGACAGAGCAACGUGUUUCAGGGAAGAUGGGGGCAAGAGGGAAAUGGAGCAGAACUGUCAGGAGCCACCUCUACUUCCCGCCCAAUGACAGCAGCAGCCCAGCCCUGUAGAUGCACUGCCCACCCCAGACGGUCUGGGAAUUUGAAAAAGGAACACCCAUAAAAAUUCUAUUGAAAAAGCCCCUCUUUAUGCUCAGGUAAGGACUUCUGCUCUCAUUUCUGCUGGAGCUUAAGCCAGGCAUCUCCCUAUAUGGGAUGCCACCACCAUUUGCAGUGUGCAGAGUGGCAAUUUGAUCCACACUGUAUUCCUCGACCAGUGAGUGCCCCUUGGAUCCUCUCUCUGCUACAGCAUGUGAGGUGCCUUCCCCACAUCGUGUCUGCCUGCCAGCUGUGGUGGGGCAGUGCUCCCCUUCUGCCCAAUCUGCCUGGGAGGGAUUUGUUCUGUGCACUUCUCCAUCAUUAUGUGCAGGGCAAAGGGUUGUCCAUCUUGUCUGCAUGGAGAGCCAAGGGAAUAGAGAUGAAAAAUAUGGUAGUAAAAACUAAAUAAAAUGAACCCAUUGUCAAUGCACUCAGAGGUC